AUGCUUAAAUUAGUGAAAGUUGUUUUUUUAUUCAUUGUUAUCUUAAAUUUUUGUGAAUCGUUUCCUACUGAAACGAUUCAUCCUCAAUCAUCGCCAGUCUCAAAAUCAGAAAGUAAAAUUUCUGAUGGGAUGACUGAAAUGACCGACGAAGAUUUACGUGCUAAAAGAGAUCACCAUCACCAUCAUGAUCAUCACGAUGAUUACAUACUUGAGAAACGUUAUGGACAUCAAAAUCAUUACUAUCUUAUAGUUAUUUUUGUUUUCUAUUUUGAUAUUUAUCAUUUGAUACAAUUUCAUCGUUGUCAAGCAUUUAUAACUAAUGGCUAA